AUGAUUUUCGACAACCUUUGGCUUUCUAUAGCUCUGGUACCUGGGGUACUGGCUUCUCAACCUUCAGCUCCUGAGCCAGUAGAAGCCCCUCUCCGUAAACUACCCUGGGGUCAAUUGAACUGGUUGGCGACGACAGAUACGCAUGGCUGGCACGGUGGUCAUCUGCAAGAGCCACAAUACUCCGCAGAUUGGGGUGACUACAUCUCCUUCGCCCACCAUCUUCGCCAAAGAGCAGAUGAGGAUGGCAGUGAUCUUCUCGUUGUAGACACCGGUGAUCGAGUAGAAGGCAACGGUCUCUAUGACGCUUCAAACCCGAAAGGGCACUACACCUUUGAUGUCUUCAAGCAUCAGAAGAUAGACAUCAUCACUCCGGGCAAUCACGAGCUUUACAAGCAGAACUCAUCCAACAACGAGUUCUACCACACUGUACCGAACUACAAGGAUGCAUACAUCGCUUCCAACUUGGACAUCUACAAUCCUAAAACUGGAAAGUUGCAACCUCUUGCUCAAAGAUACAGGAAGUUCACCACCAAGAAUCAGGGCAUCAGAAUCAUGGCAUUCGGUUUUCUCUUCAACUUCCAAGGCAAUGCGAACAACACCGUGGUACAACGCGUAGAAGACACGAUCAAAGAGAUGUGGUUCAAGGAAGCCAUUCAAGACAAGGACGUCGACCUUUUCGUUGUUGCUGGACAUGUACCCGUCUCUGAUUCACAUGAGUCGGAUGCCAUCUUCAAAGCCAUUCGUAGCGCGAAUUGGGAUACCCCCAUUGCUUUCUUUGGUGGUCACACCCACAUCAGGGACUACCACAAAUUCGACAAGAUUGCUUACGGUCUCGAAAGCGGUCGUUAUAUGGAGACCAUUGGUUUCAUGUCCAUCUCUGGUCUCGGUCACGAGAAGACCAGCUCUGAUAUCGCCCCCCUCAAAACACCAGAAUUCAAACGCCGAUACAUCGACAACAACCUUUACUCCCUCUAUCGUCACUCUGGCAAGAACGAAACUACCUUCCCUACUGACCUCGGUCGCAAUGUGUCUGCAUCCAUCUCAGCUGCUAGGAAACAGCUGAAUCUCGAUCACGCAUACGGUUGUGCUCCUAGGGAUUACUGGUUAAACAGAGCUCCUUAUCCUUCAGAAUCGAGCAUCUUGACGUGGCUCGAGAACGAAGUGCUUACAGACACUGCCAAGAAUUACACAAAGCACCCUCAGCUCAUCAUCACGAACACUGGUGCCAUGCGCUUUGACAUCUUCAAAGGUCCUUUCACCAUCGAUACCACUUUCCUGGUUUCACCGUUCACCAGCGGCUUUCACAGACUCAAGAAUGUGCCGUACAAGGCCGCAAAGCAACUUCUUCAACUGCUCAACAAUGAAGGCAAGAUCAUGCUGUCUGAGAUGAUGGUCAUGAGUGCCGUACACAGAGAUUUGGGUAAAUUCACUCCUCGCGCUUUGUAUGAACUAGCACCUCCGAAUCCACCUGUCAGUCGCUGGACUCAACAAACAACUCAAGAUGGUAUCGAGUUGAUCGAUACUUUGCACCGCGAGUUCGGUCAAGAAGUGCUCGGCGAAACUGCCGGACAUGGAAAGCCAGACAAGCCAUUGUCUCCUGGUUACACCACCAUCGACGAUGCAGGCAAAGAUGGCGAUGAUACCAUUCAUGCACCCAUCCGCUUUUACGACGUCCCCAAUUGCAUUCAAGCAGAAGUCAGUUUCCCUUCUGACAAGAAGGAUCUCGAGACGGUGGACAUCGUGUACAAUGAGUUCAUUGAGCGAUGGAUUCUGCUUGCUCUCAGAUUCUUGGGCGAGAGCUAUGGGGUCGAGGAUGUAGAGACCACAUUCGAUGGCAUGAGUUUCACAGAUGUGCUCAGUGAAUGGGUGCACAAGAACUGGGCUUGCUGA